CGCAACAUUAUGAAACGAGAGAGAGAGAGCCUAGAGACGCCAACCAAGCCUCCUUCUAUUCCUCUGCUCCGACUAUAACCGCCUCACUUUUCCUUUCACGAACAAUCAAAUUAAUCACACUUUUUGUUUGUCUUCUUCUCAUAACUAUUACCCCCUCAAGUAACCGCAAUCCCACUACUGUAAAAGCUAACAAACGAAGCCAUUCAGUACCGAAAGACAUAGAAAACAAUUUUUUUUUUUUUUUUUGAGGAAUGGUGGGCUCAAGGCAGAAUCUACCUUCGUGGAUAAGUGCAGCUGCUGCGAAUAGGGUUGAUUUUGAAGGAAACGUUUCGUCUAUGACGGAAACGACGCUCAAGGAGGGUUCUUCUUCUUCUUCUUCUGAAAAGGGUCUCUCAGACGUUAAUUUGGGUUUUGGAGAGAGGGCUUUCUCUGCCGCCGGCGCAGCUGUCCUCUCUGCAAUCCUCGUUAACCCUCUUGAUGUCGCCAAGAUAAGGUUGCAAGCGCAGGCUGCCGGAGUUCCUUAUCAGGGGCUGUGUCGUAUAGCAUGUUUUGACACAAACACGAUGCUUCCGGAUUGGAGAUGUUCUGUAUCAUCUACACGUGCAGUUGUUGGUUCUGAACCAGUGUGCCCUCCUGAGUGUAAUCAGUAUAAAGGAGCAAUGGAUGUUUUAUACAAAGUCAUACGUCAGGAAGGAUUCACUAAGCUGUGGAGAGGCACGUCUGCAAGCAUAGUGUUGGCUGUGCCAACCGUAGGCAUCUACUUGCCUUGUUAUGACAUUUUCCGCAAUUUAAUGGAUGAUUUUACAACUCGGAGCGCGCCCAACUUGACUCCAUAUGUCCCAUUAGUUGCAGGCUCAGUUGCACGCUCAUUGGCUUGUGUUUCUUGUUACCCUGUUGAACUGGCAAGGACCCGCAUGCAGGCCUUUAAAGAAACCCAAACUGGCGUGAAGUCUGCUGGGGUCUGGAAGACACUGCUUGGGGUCAUCAACCCAGUGAAAAGUACAAACCUACUACAAAACUUGCAAAACUAUCGUGUCUUGUGGACUGGCCUUGGAGCACAACUUGCCCGUGAUGUUCCUUUCUCUGCAAUCUGCUGGUCAACCCUUGAGCCGAUCCGGAGAAGAAUUCUUGAACUGGCGGGUGAUCAAGCCAGUGCAGCCAGCAUCCUUGGGGCAAACUUUUCCGCUGGUUUUGUGGCAGGAAGUCUUGCAGCUGCUGCUACAUGUCCACUAGAUGUGGCAAAAACCCGAAGGCAGAUAGAGGAUCCUGCAAGGGCAUUAAAGAUGAACACUAGAAAGACAUUGCUGGAAAUUUGGAGGGGUGGUGGAAUGAAGGGACUAUUUACCGGAAUUGGUCCCCGUGUCGGCCGUGCCGGACCCUCUGUUGGCAUAGUUGUCUCCUUUUAUGAAGUUGUCAAGUAUGCUUUACACCAUAGACACCUAACUCAAUGAUCAAGGAGAGAGACACGCUCAAGUGAUUGUUACAAUUUUUGGGGAUUGUGUUUUUCCUUUUACAAAAGCCUACUGUCCUUAUCCUUUAAAGGGUAAAGUUCAGUUACACAAGAAAGAAGACUGAUUGAUCUUCCUGCCAUCGCAGGAUGUCACGGCAUGAGAGCCAACAACUUGGGCAACAAUAAAAUUUGUUUAUGAAGCCUGGAAAAUACCCAGCCAUGAUUUUCAUUUUUCGUUUUACACUUACAAAGGCCUGAUGUUUCAGCGUUGUAACAGAAACUCUCUUCAUUGUAAGAGGUGUAGAACCACUGUUAUCUAUUGCAGUUGUCUUUCAAAUAUUUAGUUUCGUUCA